GAUGGCAAGUUCGACCCCGAACAGCUGGAAAAGGGCGCAGCCGCACUGAAAGAGAUCGAUGCAUCGAAGAAUGCCAAGUUGGCUUUUGAGUUGGCGAGUCUCCAGGAGAAGACCCAUCAGAUGCAAUUCCUGCGCGACAUGGAGAAGCAGAAGACCGCCCGCUCGCAGAUGGAGGAGCAGAUGUCCUCGGUGCAAGCGGAGGAGGCGCGGAAGACCAUUUCGCACCAGGCGGAGCAGGAGCGCGUGACGGCGCAGCACAAGGCGGAGGUGGAGAACAGUCUGCAAGGUCGGAAGCUGGAACUGCAAAAGGAGGUCACUGACUAUCAGCUGAAGAGAGAGCAGGAGCAGUUCAUGCAACACGAGGCGAUUCGGCUGCGCAACGAGAAGCAGCUGGAGGAGAUGGUGCGGGAGACGAUUCGCGCCAGGGGAAUGCAGAACAUCGAGACGGAGAAGGCCACCGCGCAGGCGGAAGCAGAAGCACGUGCCAAGCAGGAGCGUGAGAAUAUCGACGUUCGUCUGCGUGCGUUCAGGGCGGAACAGGCGGAAAGGCGGAAGACUGCCCUGGAAUCCAUUGAGACCUUCUUUUCCAGCAUGUCUGCUGGUGCGGAAGCGCUCUAUGAUGACAGAGCCAAAACUGCGACCCUCAUUGGAGGCUUGACACUGCUGGCUGGUGGUGUGUACGGUGCACGCGCCACCACCCGUGUGGCCGCCCGUGUGUUGGAGCGUCAGCUGAGCCGUCCACCUCUGGUGCGAGAGACUUCGCGGUGGUCUUGGAGACCACAACUCUCACUGCUGCCCAAACGAACGGCCAGCUCGUUGUUCGAAUCCAUCGUGCUGGAAGAGAACUUAGCCGAACGUCUUCAAUGGUCCACCAAUGCCUUGCUGAACGCGCAGCAGAAUGGAACGCCCUUCCGACAUCUCCUGCUGCAUGGACCGCCUGGCACAGGCAAAACCUUGUUCGCGCGCACGUUGGCGCGACAGUCGGGCCUGGACUAUGCGGUGAUGUCCGGGGGGGAUCUGGGACCCUUGGGCCGAGAGGGGCCGCAUGAACUGCACAAACUCUUUGGAUGGGCGCAGAGUUCCAGGAGAGGCUUGGUCCUCUUCAUCGACGAAGCUGAUGCGUUUCUGCGCCGCGGACGUGCGGGGACGGGGGCCAUGAGCGAAGAUGCCCGGAACGCCCUCUCGGUGUUCCUACACCACACGGGCACCGAGAACACCCACGUGGCUGUGAUCUUAGCCACCAACGUGCCAUCGGUGCUGGACCGAGCGGUGCUGGAUCGCAUUGAUGAAGCCUUCGAAUUCCCAAGGCCAGCGUACGAGCAGCGCCUGCAGAUGUUGAAACUCUUUGUAGAUCAGUACCUUUACCGGAAAGGGCAGAAAAACCGUGCGAUCAUCGAAGUCGAUCCUGCUUUGGACGACAAGUUUUUGGAGGACGUGGCCCAGCGCACGGACGGCAUGUCGGGUCGGCAGCUGGCGAAGUUGGUGCUGGCCUUCCAAUCCGCGGUCUUCGGCUCGGGCACCACGCGGCUCACGCAGGGUCUGGCCCAAACGGUCUUGCAGUGGCGUCUCAGCCAUCCCAAUGCCGAGUGA